UUUAAUUCUGAAUCGUCAAACUCAGAUGUUAAACAGCUGCCCGUGGAGGGAUGUCAGGACUGCAUUGUCCUAUAAGUGGUGCUACCGUGUUGUGUAGAGGGGUUUGAGGCUCAGAAAUUGACACCCAUUAGCCCCUGGUAGGUUCUUCCAAGGCAAAUUGGUUCUGGGGGAGGGACCAGACACAGAAUGAUUUUGGUGCUGCUGCCAUGUUGGCCAGGGCUCCCAUGGAAAACAAGUCAUGUGAUCUGAAUGGCAUUCGCCUGGUUAAAUAAAGGUUAAAUAACAAAUUAAGGAAAAAGAAAACCCCAAUGAAAACAAUAAAAGGACAGUGGGGCUACCAUCUGGAGGGGUCAGCAGUGGACAGGAGCAGGUGUGUCGCCCCCUGGUGGUGGGAGCAUGGAAUGUCACCUCUCUGGUGGAUAAGCAACCUGAGCUGGUGCAGCAGAUGGAGCAGUUAUAUUUGGGCUCACCUCCAAGCACCACAAGGGUUUUGGAACUAAACAAAUUCAGAGGGUUUGGGCUCCUUUUCCUAAAUUUCCCAGGAGGAGAGGUUUCAGGCAGGUGUGUGGUGAGAACUGUCAACUGAUCGCCACCUGAUGAUGGAUCAGAUGGAAGGCUGCCGGACAGACCUGCUAAAUGCAAACAUGUAAUGAGAACAAAGUGGGAAUGUCUGGCAGAGGCUCCGGUCAGUGGGGUCUUCAACCACCAACUCCACUAGAGUUUCUCUGGCCUCCCUGGAGAGGUUGGGGAAUCUGAGUAGGCCAUGUUCAAACCCUCCAUUGCUGAAGCUACUGUAAGGAACUGUGGGUGGGGGGACUGUUGAAGACUCCACAGAGCCCUUAUCAGUUGUAAAGGUUGCUGAGGUAGUCAUAGUCCAGAAGCUUCUUGGUGACAGAGUGCCAGGUGUGGAUGAAAUCCACCCUGAGAUGCUGAAGGUUCUGGAUAUUGUUGGACUGUCUUGGCUGACAUGUCUCUACAGUGUAGUGCGGGUAUCUGGUACAGGGCCUGUGGAGUGGCAGACCAAGAUGGUGGUUCCCAUUUUUAAAAACAGGUCCAGAGAGUGUGUUCCAACUAUUGGGGUAUCAGACUUUCAGCCUCCCUGGGAAAGUUUACUGUAGGGUGCUGGAAAGGAAGUUCCAAAAUAAUUGUCAAACCUUGGGGUUCAGGAGGAGCAAUUAGGAUUCCAUCCUGGUCGUAGAGCAGCUGAACAGCUUUUUACUCUUGCAGAGCUGCUGAGGGGGUCAUAAGAGUUCGAACAGCCAGUCUACAUGUCCACAGCAUGGAUCUGGAAAAGUCCUAUGGUUGUAUACCCAGAGGGAUUCUGUGGGGGGUGCUGGGGGAGUACGGGGUACCGGGCUUGUUGAUAUGAGCCAUUCAGUUCCUCUGUGACCAAAGUGACACAUUUCCAGUGGGUGUUGGACUCCUCCAGUACGGCCCCUUGUCUCCAAUCCUGUUUGUGGACAGGAUCUCAAGGUGUAGCCGGGGCGAGGAGGGUGUCCAGUUCGGGGACUUCAGGAUCGCAUCUCUACUUGUUGCAGAUGAUGUGGUUCUGCUGGAUCCUCCAGGAAGUACUGGGAAUUCUUGUCUGGAGGAGGGACAUCUGGAAUGACCUGAUUCAUCUACUGCCUUCUUGACCCGACCCCACAUAGGUGUAAGAAGAUGGAUGGAUGAUGGAUGAUGAUGGAUGGAUGAUGAAUGUAUGAAUGAUGGAUGGAUGAUGGAUGGAUGAUCAGUGGAAUCCGCAGCUCUUACCUUUAUUUUGUGAAUUCUACUGUAUCAGAGCUCUCUAGCAGUUCACUGCUUUGACUGGUCAGAAUGAUGUCAGAUGAUGAUGUUAGAUGUUGCCAUAAACAGGAGAACCUUGUGCUUUCUGGUUCUACCAAGAACAGAGGUCUCUGCGGACAUCUCACACUGUUCCACAUGGCUUCAUGUUUGACAGAUGAUGUGGUUCCAGUGCCAGAGCCUCGUCCAAUUAAAUUCUACCAACAGAUGCUCCAAUCAACCCUCCAGGACAAGUUUCUGUGUUUACAGGAGGGCUGGGCAUCAGAUCAGCAGCGUCUGGUCGAUAUCUACACGGAGCUGUACAUCACCGCCGGCUUCCACGUCCACGUCAACAUGCAGCAUGAGGUCCGACAGAUCGAGAAGGCCUGGAAACCAGCGGACACAGAAGAAACCAUAAAAAGCAGAGACAUUUUCAAAUAUCCCCCCGGACGAUACAGACCCAUCAGAACAGUGCUAACCAAUGGGAUUGCAGGGAUUGGAAAAACCUUCCUUGUGCACAAGUUUGUGUUGGACUGGGCUGAACAAAGAUCCAAUCAGGACGUGCAUCUCCUUUUCCCCUUCACCUUCCGGCAGCUGAACUCUCUGCAGGGACAAGAGUUCAGUUUGGCAGAGCUCAUCCAUCACUGCAUCCCAGAAAGCGUUGGCAUCACCGUGGAGGCUCUGAACUACAUCUUCACAGCGCUGCAGUCAUCAGGAAAUGGAAACUACGACAAGAGCCACUUCAAGCUGCUGUUCGUGUUCGACGGCCUGGAUGAGAGCCGUUUCCAUCUGGACCUUCGAGCUGACGACAUUCGCUCCAUCGACGCAACAAAGUCGACCAAAACAGACGUCCUGCUGAGGAAACUCAUUGGUGGAAACCUGCUGCGCUCUGCUCGCAUCUGGAUAACCACACGGCCUGCAGCAGCCAAUCAGAUCCCUCCACAGCUGGUCAGCAUUAUGACGGAGGUCAGAGGGUUCACUGACCCACAGAAGGAGGAGUACUUCAGGAAGAGAUCCAGAGAUGAGGAGCAGGCCAGCAGCAUCAUCUCCCACAUGAAGAAUUCACGAAGCCUCCACAUCAUGUGCCACAUCCCAGUGUUCUGCUGGAUCACUGCUACAGUUCUGGAGGAGCUGCUGAGAACCACAAAGGGAGGAGAUCUGCCCAGAACCCUGACUGAGAUGUACUCAGAGUUCCUGGUGUUCCACAUGGAUAGAACCAAAGAGAAAUAUGGCCCAGAGAGCUGUAUCCGCUACAUCAAGACUUUGGCAAAAGUGGCUUUCGAGCAGCUGGAGAAGGGCAACCUGAUCUUCUACGAAAAAGAUCUGAGACAGAGUGGCAUGGACAUGAGCGAAGCCUCGGUGUGCUCAGGAGUGUUCACGGAGAUCUUCAAAGCAGAGCGUGGAUGGACCGACAGAGACAAGAUGUUCAGCUUCGUCCAUCUGAGCGUUCAGGAGUUCCUGGCUGCUCUCCAUGUGAGGAUGUCACUCAUCAACGACAACAGAAACGUGUUGCCGUCACCGCGAUUGUCGCUGCGCAACCUGCCGCUGCUUUUAGGCAGCAAGUCUGCCACAAAGAUCCACAGGGUUUUCAUCGACAAGGCCUUACAGAGUCCAAACGGACACCUGGACCUGUUCCUGCGCUUCCUCCUGGGUCUGUCGCUGCCGACCAAUCAGGAGAAACUACAGGACCUGCUGGUAAAGAUGGAGGACAGCUCGCAGACCAAUCAGAAAACGGUGGAGUACAUCAAGAAGAAGCUCAGCGAGGAUCUGAGCGCAGAGCGAAGCAUCAACCUGUUCCACUGUCUGAAUGAGCUGCAGGACGGCUCUCUGGUGGCUGAGAUCCAACAGUCCCUGAGGACGGGACGUCUGUCCACCCAGCAGCUGUCUCCGGCCCAGUGGUCAGCUUUGGGCUUCAUCCUGCUGUCGGCUCACAAACAUCUGGACCACUUCAGCCUGAAGGACUAUUCUGCUACCGAGGACGCUCUGCUGAGGCUGCUGCCGGUGGUCCAGAGCUGCAGCCGGGCCGAGCUGAGUUUGUGUAACCUCUCAGAGAGAAGUUGUGCAGUUCUGUCCUCCGUCCUGCAGUCGUCCUACAGCCUGAAGCUUCUGGACCUGAGCAACAACCAGCUGCAGGAUUCAGGAGUGAAGCGUCUUUGUGAUGGACUGCAGAGUCCAAACUGUCACCUGGAGACUCUCAGGCUGUCAGGUUGUCACAUCACACAGGAAGGUUGUAGGUUUCUGGCCUCGGCUCUGAGCUCCAACCAUCACCUGAAAGAACUGGACCUCACAUACAACCAUCCAGGAGAGGAGGCAGAGAGGCUGCUGUCUGCUGUUCUGCAGGACCACACCUGUACGCUCAGGUUGGACCACGGUGGAGAACAGAGGCUGAGGCCUGGUCUGAAGAAAUACUUCCGUGAACUCAAACUGGACCCGAACACGGCUGGCAGACACCUGGUUCUGUCUGACGGCAGCAGCAGGGCGACGUGGGUGGAAGAGGAGCAGCUGUACCCCGACCAUCCGGACCGGUUCCACCCCUGGGGCCAGCUGCUGUGUUCCACUGGUCUGACUGGGCGCUGCUAUUGGGAGGUGGACUGGGAGGGCUGGGUUUACGUGGCGGUGACCUACAGAGGAAUCGGGCGGACAGGAAGCAGCAGUGAAUGCUGGUUCGGGUUCAACGACCGGUCCUGGAGCAUUCGCUGCUCCAACCAGGGCUUCUUCGCAUGGCACAACAACCAGAGGACGGAGCUGCCGUCGGCCUCAGGGUCCCACAGAGUAGCGGUUUAUGUGGACCAUCCGGCUGGAAUCGUGUCCUUCUACGGGGUCUCCGACCGUCUGGUCCACCUCCACACCUUCAGCAGCACCUUCACCGAGCCGCUGUACACCGGCUUCAGGAUCCGGAGCGACUCUUCAGUGUUUCUGUGUUCGCUACAGGAGGAGGAGAAACGCUGAAGAUCAGUUCAGCUCCAGGAAAAGUCUUGCUAGUUUACCAGAAAUCUCACAUUGACUUGUUUCUUAUUUGGUCUGAAGUCGUUCUGUUGUUUUGAGAAAAGUAUGAACACAUACAGAAACUGUAUGUUCAUAAAAAGGUGUCCAUAAGCAGAGAAAGGACCCAAAAUGUUCACUGAUAUUAACUAAUGUGUUCAUGUAGAAUGUUCAUUUAAAGAUAAACUUCAGCUCUAAUGCCAAUCCCCCUGAUGAAGAUCAGCCUUCUGCUGAUGGUUUUAGGUUUUAAUCCUCCUUCAUUAUUCCAUUUACUUUGUGGAAAGAUCCAGUUCCACAGAGCAUGAUACUGCCACCUCCAUGCUUGGUGGUAGGUUUGGGGUUCUUGGGGUUAAAAAAAAAACGUCUGAAACUGGUCUUUAAAAGGUCUAGAACCAGGACCAAAAUCAAACCUAAACCAGUUAAAAAGGUUUAGAACCAGUCUGAAUAGAGUCUGAGACCCGUCUUCAAAAAGUCUAAAACCAGCACAGAAUCAGGACCAAAACCAAACUGAAACUACUCCUGAAAAAGUCCAAGACCCAACCAAGACCAUCUGAAACCAGUCCUCAUCCAGGACCAGAUCCAGAGUAAAAUAAAUCCUAAACCAACUUUAAGAAGUUUUAGAAAAACUUGUUUUUAGCCAAGUAAAUCACUUUUUAAAUCAGAGCAACAUUUUAGAGAUGCAUCAGUCUGGUUCUCGGAUGAAUCACAGCACAGAGACAACCCUCUUAAAGAUUUUAAAUGAUAUCAGGUGGAACUUAGAUAAUCAUAAACUCACAGUCUUAUUACUGCUGGAUCUGACAGUAGACCAUCACAUUUUAUUAAACAGACUAAAGCACCUGGUUGGCCUAUCUGGUACUGUUUUGAAUGGUUUGACUCUUACCUUACUGAUUGAAGCUUCUUUGUAAGUUUGGAUACAAGUUCCUCAGGAACCCAUGAGAUAAAGUAUGGGGUCCCCCAGGGGUCAAUUUUAGGUCCAGUCCUUUAUAAUCUUUACAUGCUUCCCCUGGGGGACGUCAUCAGGAGGCACUGCAUCAGCUUCCAUAGCUAUGCUGAUGAUACACAGCUGUACAUUGCCGUGUCUCCUGAUGACACGGGGCUGAUUGAUGCCCUUUUUAGCUGUAUUUCAGAUAUUCAGUCAUAGAUGGCAGUGAAUUUCCUACAGCUCAACCAGGGCAAAACAGAGAUUUUAGUCAUUGGUCCUGAGCACCAGAGAAACUUUUACCAAAACUAAAGGAUUUUAAACCAUCACUAUCUGUUAAAAAUUUGGGCGUAAUCUUUGACUCUGAGCUUUCUUUUAUUCCACAUAUUAAAAACAUAACAAAGAUUGGUUUUUACCAUCUUAAGAAUAUAGCCAGAGUCCGUCCGUUUCUGUCUCAGGCGAGCACAGAGGUGCUGAUGCUUUUAUAUCUUGUCGUUUGGAUUGCUGUAAUGCCCUGCUCUCUGGUCUUCACAAAAAAAGUAUAUCGAAUCUUCAAUUAUUACAAAAUUCAGCUGCACGAGUGCUGACGAGGACCAGAGGGCGGGAACACAUUACAGCAGUUUUAAAAUCGCUGCAUUGGCUCCCCGUGCGCUUCAGGAUCCAUUUUAAGGCUCUAUUAUUAGUUUCUAAAUGUUUUAAUGGUCUUGGGCCUUCUUAUUUAUCAGACUUACUUUUACCGUAUCAACCCUCUGGAGCGGGCCUUUUAUCUGUACCACAGGUUAGAUCUAAAACACACGGGGAGGCGGCAUUCGGUUACUAUGGUCCCCGUUUGUGGAACAGCCUGCCGGAGAACCUCAGGGCUGCAGAGACUGUUGAUGUUUUUAAAAAGAGGAUCAAGACUCAUCUUUUUAACCAGACCUUCAACUAGUUUUGAUAAUUCUUAACCCUUCUUCUUAUGCUUUUUAUUAUUAUUAUUUAUUAUUACUCAAUUUUGAAC